AUGGUGAUCCUGUUCAAGGCCAUCCCCUUGGAGAGCACGGACGGCGAGAGACUGGAGAAAUCUCCGGAGUGCGCCCAUCCAGGCCUCUGCGUCAACCCUUACCACAUCAACGUAUCCGUCCGGGAGCUGGAUCUUUACCUCGCCAACUUCAUCAACAGCCACGUCGGCCACCGCGCUCUGGCCGUGCCCGCGGCGUGUCGAGUCCGAAGGUCGCCGACCCCGCACGUCUCCCCGGUCGCGAGCGGCCCGCAGAGGUGA